AUGCCAACCAGCUCAUCCCAAAAUCACACCCUCACCCUCACCCUCGUCUCCCUCCUCCCAAGCUACACCGUCUCCACACUACCGGCCCGUCUGAUCCAGCUCUCCGAGUCCCUCCUCGCGCAGUCCCGCCAGCGAGCCCCGCAUCUGAAACCGGAGGAAGAGAUCGCCCGCGCGCACGCGUGCUGCGAGAUAGCAUGUCUGCGCUUGCGGGCCAAAUUGAGACUUCCGGCGCCCAAGACGGGCGGCGCGCCCUGCAAACCGGCGACGUACAGGAAACUGGUCGCCUUCCUGGGGGGCGUGCUCGAUGAAACACCAACGACAACAACGUCAAAAUCGACGGAUGGGACGCCCCAGAAACCCACGCCAGGAACCGCCGGGAAGAAGAGGACAGCGGACGGGUCGAUCAAAACGGGCGUGGAGGGUAUAGAUUCGGAGAGGAGAGGGAAGGGGAAGGCCAGCGGUACUAAUGGCGCGACAAGGACGCCCUCGAAAUCCAAAACCAAGUCAACAACCUCAACCUCUAGCUCUAGGUCUACCACCAGGAAAGAGGGUACGUUCCGCGGAAAAGUCAACGGACUAGCACACAGGGAUGCGGCGGCGGCGGCGGAGGAGGAGGAGGCGCCACGCUACGUGAUGUCGCUUAUCCGCAGACUGUGCAGGACGUUUGUGACGCCCUUGCUCGCCCCGCACGUCUACACGGGCGUGUGUGUCGUGUUGAAGCUGGACGGGCUGUGGCCGCCGCCCCUAAGAGAAGAUCCGGCGCAUGAUGUGGCGGGCGAGAAGGAGAAGGAGGAGAAGCAUCUAGAAGAAAAAAUCACGGGCUUGCUCGUCGCGCUGUAUCUGAUGGCCUUGACGCGCAUGCAGAAGGCGUCGAAGAUGACGACCGCGGUGUACAAGGCUACGUGUGCCCGGGCGGUGGCAGUGCUGGGGUAUCAUCCUGGGGUGAAGGGCGUGGAGGGAUGGAUCCGCAGGAUUAAUCAGCAGGGGUAUGCGAGGGGGCAGGAGUGGUUUGGGAGCGUGCCGGAGAGGGUGUUUGAGUUUGAUCCUAAUGCUGGCGGUGAUAUUGUCGAGGCUGAAGACGGGGAGGAGGACGAGGGCGAGGAUGAUGAAGGAGAUGGACAGGAAGGACGGCCUGAUGGGGACCACGGAGAAGAGGAAGACGACGACGACGAUCUGAUCAUUUCAGGGAGGAGAAGGCCGAGGAAUAGUGGACAACCAGGCAUCGAGGAUGAUGAAGAGGUAGAGGAAGAUCCCGACGGCGUGCUUCUCCCGGGUUUGCACACCAUGAUGCAUCUCGGGCUGGACUUUCUGGGCGAAGAGCGCACGCGCGAGUUCGAGCAGUGGAAGAAGCAAUUCCUGCAGAGGCUGGACCGGUUGGAUAGGGCGGAUAAAUCGCAUGCUGCUGGGCGUGCUGCUGAGCCUGAGGCUGUGACUGUGGCUGCCGCUUAG